AUGGUAAGCUGCAACGUUGUGUGCUUAAGAGAGGAAAGAGAUGCCCUUGUUGCUUUCAAGAAUGAGCUCUUUCCUACACACAGAUUUAGUUCAUGGAACGGACUUAAUUGUUGUGAGUGGCCUGGCGUUGAAUGCAGCAGAGAGACAUCCCAUGUCAUCAAACUUCAUCUUUCCAACUGUUCAUCAGAGAACUAUGAAGAUUAUCAGACAAGUGGUAGACUUUCUCCAGCUCUGUUCAAAUUAAAGCAUCUGGAGCAUUUGGAUUUGAGUUCCAAUUACUUGAGUGGCGAUAUACCCACAAAUCUUUUUAGCCUACAAAAAUUGAAGCAUCUGGAUCUCAGCUUCAAUUAUUUCCAAGGUAAGAUUCUUGAGGGUGUUGCCUCCUUAAAUCAUUUGACUUACCUCAAUUUGUCCUGUGCUGGUAGUGAUCUGGACGGUAGAGUUCCAUGGCAGAUGGGAAAUCUUUCCCACCUCCAAGUUGUAGAUCUUUCAAGUGGGCGUCUCAUGGACUCUGAGUAUGCCUAUUCUGGUUAUUACUGUGGACCUGUGAAAAGUUCUGGUUUGGAAUGGACAAAGAAUCUGCGGGAGUUAAAGCAUUUGUCACUUCAAGGGAUCAACCUGAAUAUGACGGGGGAGCAAUUGGAAUCUCCACUUUCUCGGCUCCAUAAUCUCCACCACCUCAAUCUCAAAAAUUGUAAACUGUCUGGCCACAUCCCCAGUUCUUUACAAAACCUCACCUCCCUUUCCCAUCUCCAACUUAGUUUGAACAGUUUUAGUUCCAUAGUUCCAUCGUGGUUGGGAAAUAUGAGUGGUUUAGUCUCCAUUCAGUUUGAUCGCUGUCAUCUAACAGGUCCAUUCCCUGCAAGUCUUUCCCGUUUGCCUCAUCUGAAAGAGCUUAAGUUGGCUUUCAACAAAGUGACUGGAAAUAUAAGUCAAAUAUUGUCAUGUGAAGCAUGGCCACAGAUUACCAGAUUUGCUCUCUCGGCUUCCAAUGUUACAGGGAAUUUGCCACCUUGCAUUGGAAAUCUUUCUGCUCUUCAAUACCUUGAUCUUCGAGCCAACUCAUUGAAAGGACAGAUUCCACCUUCAAUUGGAUUGCUUUCAUCCUUGAUUUGUCUCACUCUCUCUCGUAAUCUGCUGACCGGUAAUUUGCCUUCUGAGUUGGGUGUGAUUUCCUCUUUGGAAGAACUGUAUCUAGACAACAAUAAGCUCAAUGGUAGCAUUCCCAUUUCUCUUGGACGUCUGAGUCGAAUUUCUAGAAUUAAUCUCUCUAACAACAGUUUAGAAGGCUACAUUUCUCUCCAUUUCUUUGAAAAUUAUAAGAGGCUUGUUGAGCUCGAACUUUCCAACAAUAAAUUGAGUGUCCAUAUUGAGCCCGCAUGGAUAGCUCCAAUGCAGUUUGAGGAGUUGGGCUUGGGUUCUUGUAAUAUUGGGGGUCUCAUUCCUACAUUCCUUUCAACACAAUUUAGUUUGCGGCAAUUGGAUCUCUCCAAAAAUAGUCUUUGUGGACAAAUUCCAGCUUGGCUGGGGAACCUUUCCUCAUUAAGAGCUCUUUUCUUGUCAGAAAAUAACUUGCAUGGUGAAAUCCCCAUCAGCUUUGAUAUAAGCUACUAUGUGCAGAUAGAUUUGCAUAAUAAUAUGUUGAUGGGUUCUGUUCCCAUUCCUUCUGUGCCUGCACCACGUUUGGGCCUCUUAGAUCUGUCCCAGAAUAGAUUCACCGGUGUUAUCCCAGUGCAGAUUGGUUUGCUUCUUCCUCAUAUUGAAUUCUUGUUAUACUCUCAAAAUGAUUUAGGAGGUGGUAUUCCUACUUCCUUUGGUCUUCUGCAAAGGCUACAAGAUUUGGAUUUAUCAGAAAACAACUUUGUAGGCAAAAUACCACCAAGCAUUACCAACUGCUCUGCUUUGACAAGAUUAAAUCUGGCAAACAAUAAUCUGACUGGACAGAUUCCAUCCAAGAUAGGAAGACUAAGACAGCUCAAAAAGCUUCAUCUCAGUGACAACAUGCUCAAAGGAAACUUGCCAUCUGGUGUCCAAAACUGUUGGAAGUUGCAGAUUUUAGAUGUGGCCAAUAAUUUUUUGUCUGGGAACAUACCUCUUUGGUUAGGUCAGCUUUCUGAGUUGAUGAUACUUGUUUUGAGGUCAAACAAAUUCCAUGGGCAGAUUCCACAUGCAUUAGGCAAUCUUUCAAGCCUCCAUGUUUUAGAUAUCUCUCACAAUAAUUUGACUGGUGCUAUCCCACCAGAGUUGGGGAAGUUGACAGGUAUGAUGGAUGGAGAAGCGGGAGGAUCAGAGGUCUUACAUGGGCACUCCUAUCAUGGUCGUUCUUAUUAUUAUAAGGAAAAGAUCAAACUGACUAACAAAAGAUUGAACCUACCCUAUGUUAGUUCUGUUCUUUUACUCAUAACUGCCAUUGAUCUUUCUUUCAAUCAGCUUUCAGGUGUCAUUCCUUCAGAAAUUGGAAAGCUUAAACAUUUGCAUGUCCUGAAUUUGUCUGGUAAUAGUCUCACAGGAGAGAUUCCAAUAAGUUUUGGUUUGCUAGAGCAGUUAGAGUCAUUGGACCUUUCAAAUAACAAAUUGUAUGGAAGGAUCCCAGGUCAGAUGCUACAAGUUUCCUUUUUGAGUUUCUUCAUUGUAUCCAACAACAUGCUUUGUGGAAGAAUCCCAACAGGGCGUCAAUUCGCCACAUUCAAUUCCACUUACUUUUCAGGAAACCCCCGUCUGUGUGGGUUUCCAGUUGAUAAUAGAUCAUGUAGUUGUGACCACAACUCACCUGAAAGUUUGAGACCAGUUUUCCCAGAUGAAGAGGAAGAAGAGGGAAGUGAAAUCCCAUGGUAUUGGUAUGUGAGUUGGAUGGUAAGCUAUGCUGCUGGAAUUUGCGUACUGUUUGGAGUCCUUGUCCUGAAAAAAGAAUGGCGAAGGACAUAUGUAGAAGCCAUAGAUGGAUAUGUCAUGGGCGUAGUAGAUGGAUUGUCACUAAGAAAAUAG